UGGACUCGACUACAACACUGAUAUUAACAUAUACAUAAAUACAAAUGUAAGCAUUAACACACACAUUAGUGAGUUUUUUUUUUUAUAAAAUCAAUCAGGCAAUGGUAUUAAUAAAAUCAUAACCAUAGGUAACUGUCUGGAGCUACAACUGUAAUUGAUAAAUAAUACAAUUUAAUUACAAUUUAUUUACUUUUAUAUUUUUAAGUUAUCUUUUAAACCCAAACAGGUUUUUUUUCUUUGGAAGGAAGGAAGGAAGGAGCACAACAAUAUACUGCUUAGGGCACAUAUUUGGCCAGCAGCGUGUAACGAUCGGGACACAGGAGACGAGAGAUCCAAGAGUAGUGUGUGUUUAUUGGGUAAUCCAAAAAUCAGAAUCCAAACAAGCAGGGGGUCAUAACCAAAGAUCAGUCCAGAAACAAACAAACAGGAACAAAAAACUCGAAACACAAGGAACGCGAGGAAACCUGGUGACGGAAAAUAAGGACUCCAUGACACAGAGAGAAAACAGACAGUUUAAAUAGACAGGAUAAUGGCGAUGAAAGUGAAGACAGCUGGGACCACUAGUGGACACAGGGAAACACAGACCAGACACCAUGACAUUACCCCCUCCUCUACGGAGUAACUACCAGAUGCUCCACCUGAACACAAGAACAAACCAAGGAACACAGAGACCAGGAGGGAGGUGGGCCGACGGAGGACCAGGGGGAGGGACGGAGGGCCAGGCAACAGAGGGAAACAGAGACAGGAAGUGCAAAAAACAAAAACAAGGAGACCAGGAGGGAGGUGGAUCAGCGGAGGACCAGGAGGUGGGAUGGAGGGCCAGGUAAUAGAGGGAAACAGAGACAGGAAGUGCCAAAAACAAAAACAAAACCACAACAAGGAAACCAGGAGGGAGGAGGACCAGCGGAGGACAAGGGGGAGGGACGGAGGGCCAGGUCCACAGAAGGAAACCGAGAGAAAAAAAAACAAGAAACAAAACACAAGACCAGGAGGGAACAGAAAGUUCGGGGCCCAGGGCCGAGUCGACAGGGCAAGUAUCCUGGGUUGAUCAGGUGGAACUGGAGCCAUGCGGUCGAGACAGAAGCCCACCAGGAGGGAACGAUGGCACAGGAGAACAAGUUUGGUUAGGUAAGUCUGAAAUAGAGAACAUGAACAGGUUAAGGGUGGCCUCCAUGGCCCUGAGGAGAUGGUAGAUGGUCUCCAUAGCCAUGACAGGGCAGACGGUGAGUUCCUGGAUGGCCUCCGUGGCCAUCCACAGGAUAAUGUCGAGUGCUCAGAGAGUUUGGCUGAGACGUGAAGAGGCUCUGGAAGUUCCGCAGAGACGUGGAGAGACUCUGGUAGUUCAGCAGAGACGUGGAUAGACUCUGGUAGUUCAGCAGAGACAUGGAGAGGCUCUGGUGGUUCAGCAGAGACAUGGAGAGGCUCUGGUGGUUCAGCAGAGACGUGGAGAGGCUCUGGUAGUUCAGCAGAGAUGUGGAGAGACUCUGGUAGUUCAGCAGAGACGUGGAGAGACUCUGGUAGAUCUGUGGUGUUUUGACUGGAUUCAGGAAGAUCAAUAGUGACUUGACUCUGCUCAUGAAGAUCAUUGGUGACCUGACUUUGCUCAUGAAGAUCAUUGAUGACUUGCCUUUGCUCAUGAAGAUAGUCGGUGACUUGACUUUGCUCAUGAAGAUCAUUGGUGACUUGCCUUUGCUCAUGAAGAGAGUCGGUGACUAUGAGUGUUAAUGGUGACCUGACUCGACUCUGGAGGAUCAACGGUGACCUGACUCGACUCUGGAGGGUCAACUGGAACCUGACUCGUCUCUGGAGGGUCAACGGGAACCUGACUCAACUCUGGAAGUUCACCUGUGGCUGUCAUCUUGUGCAGAGGUGCUGGACCGACGGCCAUCUUGUGCCAGGGCUCUGGGCCGGCGGCCAACUUGUGCUGUGGCGCUGGGCUGGCGGCCAUCUUGCACCGUGGCACUGGGCUGACGGCCAUUUUGUGCAGUGGUGCUGGGCUGUAGACCCCGGUCUAGAGUCGGCCAUCCCACCUGGAGAGACAGGUGUGGCUGGGGUAUCCCACUGAGACCGAUGUUGCAGGUACAGUAGGAACCCCCAAAAAUCAAAGACCUCCAGCUCAUUCAUCUCAUUCUCCAACACAGGGUUGUCCAAACAGAAGUUAAAAAAGUAUUUCAAGGCUGCAUCAUUAUAUCCCAACCCCAUCGCCAAGGUCCAGAAUUUUUGUGCCACACCACCCACCUCAUUCCCCCUUUGACGGAGGGUGGUUUAUUUAAGGAAUUUUCUCCUCCGCUCCUACAUGCUAGCUGGGGAAUGGACACAAAUUCCCACACCGCUGGAUCUGAUCUGGAUGGAGUCCUUCUGUAAUGAUCGGGACAAAGGAGACGAGAGAUCCAAGAGCAGUGUGUGUUAUUGGGUAAUCCAAACAAGCAGGGGGUCAUUACCAAAAAUCAGUCCAGAAACAAACAAACAGGAACAAGAAACUCGAAACACAAGGAACGCAAGGAAAGCAGGUGAUGGAAAAUAAGGACUCCAUGGCACAGAGAGAAAACAGACCAGUUUAAAUCAUAGACAGUAAAAGAAAUGGACACAGCGACCCCAUUGGAUUCAACGGAGACAAGUGAAGUCAAUUAGAAGCAUGCACUUCCUGGGGGUCGGGCGUACUGCGCAGACUCAAACUGAGCUUGAUGACGUAGAUGUCACAUGAGCAACAUGUAAGUCUUCUAUGUCUUCUUGGCUGUGCCAAGAGAAAUCUGAAGCACCCACCGAAUCUUGCAGAGAAGGCGAGCGUGAACAGGAGCAAAUUUUGGUAAGUAUUCUGAUUAAUUAUCUACCUUGACUUUAUGCCUCCACCUCCCCCUGAUAGCCUCAUAGACAGUAAAAGACUGCUUCUCCUCCUGUCCAUAUGGUAAUUUCUCUACUGUGCAACAGAGAGUCGCUGGUUAUGAUGCAAUCGUUAGCCAAUUUUUUUCAAAAACUGCUUAACGUAAGAUACAAGGUAAUGGAGCCUUUUAUACAUUUUCGUGUUUCUUUAGAAAUAAUUAAUGGACAAUGGUUUUUAAAGGGGGGGGUGAAAUGCUCAUUUUCACUCAAUCUCCUGUUAAUCUUGAGUCCCUAUAGAGUAGUACUGCAUCCUUCAUAUCUCCAGUCUUUAGUUUUAUUAUAUUUAUAAGAGAAAAAUGGUGCCGAUUUUCUUCGGAAAAACAAGAGCGUCUGGAGGCGUGACGUGUGGGCGGAGCUAAAGAAUCACGAGCGCUAGUAGGCUUUUGCGUUGAGUGUUUGGAAGUUGUGACAUUACCGUGAGGAAAAAAAAUACAUCAUCCAAAACAAACGAUGGCUAACAGUCAGAUUCAGCCGUUUAUUUAUGAUUCAGAAUCAGAUCCCGAGGCUGAAACUGAACGAGAGCAGCAGCAGCAAUGACUACAGCAGGACGUCUCUAUGUGGUAUGUAUUGAAACUGUAUAUAUUUGCUUAGCGGUUUUGGAAAAUGACUAAGUUCCACUUUAUGUCGUCUUUUUUUUUAUUCUUUAAAGGUGUACAAGGUUUACUUGAUGUGCUUACGCGCCGAUAGCUAAGUUAACAACACAGAGAUAUUUGAAGCAGUUUUACUCACCGCCUGCGGAUCCAACACACGAUCGUGACCCUUUUUCGUUGGGAUUGCAUCAUCCUUAAGAAAUAAACCUUCAAAAUGCAGGGAACAAACAAAAACACUUGCACAACUCCGUCGAUGCUCUGUAAAAAUAAACUCCGUCCACUGGUCCCUUAAUGUUUUUUUUUUUUUUGGUAAUCUGUGCAGGGUUGUCUUGCCCUCGCAACCAAAAACACACUUCUUUUGUGACAUUUCGCGACGCUCUCGCUCUGAUCAGUGAAUGUCUCUGAUCCGCUCUGCUCUGCGGGAGCGCGCGCUCUUCCGGCAGAAGUGCCCUUAGGACCCAUAUAAGGAAAUUCCGCUCCAUUUAAUGUCACACAGACCCAUACUCGAAAAAAACUUUCCGAAACUUGUGUAGCAGAAAUGAGUCGAACCAGACAAAUCAAAGAGUCUAUCAGAGCUGUGUGCAUAGAAACGAGAGCCGAACUCCUCAGGAAGUCAUAAAUCAGUUCUAGUGCCACAAGAACCAAGCAAGAUAACCAACCAACCAACUUGUUCACACAACAGCUUUCAACAUUAACACCAAUAGAACAAUUAUUGACAAUUUUAAUUCGAAGAAGAGAUUGUCAAAUUUAUUGUUCGUGAUUGAAAUGCAACGCUGGACAUCACUUGUAAACCCAGGAGAUCAAGUUAAAUACUUGCAUUGACUUCCCCCCAGCCAGCAGAACCAGACUGAAAUUCCUAAGGGGGAAGGGCUUUAAACCUUUGUCUCCACAGAAAAGUCCCUUUGCCAGAGAAUGGCAAAGAAACUGCUUUUUAUACAUUAUAUAUGGACCAGAAUGAACUCAAAAAGACUUAUAAAUGAAUCGUUCCAUUGCUUAACUCAAUAUUCAUUUAUGUGUAACCCACACAUUUGACUAUCAUGUAUAAUCACUUAUUGUGUAUAUCUUUUGAUAACUAUAGGAUACAUAGUCAUGUCUAGUAUUGAUAUAAUCGAAUUUUCGUGCUUGAUGUUGUCCUGACAAUCAUUUAUUUGUAAAAUAUAUCAUAAUCAUGUUAUAGGAAUCAUGUCCAAAAUUAGACCCUGUGAGGCAAGAACCACAUGCUGGGUAAGAUAAACAAAUGAUUUAUGACCCCAGACCAUAUCUGAUUGGUCAAGGCAACAUUUGAGGGGUGGCCAACAAGGAAGUUUAUAUACUUUGGACCCCAUGAAAUUUUGCUUUUAGUCUGCUUUUAGUUCCAGCCUUGCUCGUGCUAUCAGUCAUGCUAUUAGUCAUGCCUGCUCUUAGCUUUUAGCUUGUAGCUUUGCUACCUAGCUUUAGCUUGUAGCAUCUAGCCAUGCGGUUAGUCAUCAUUGUUCUUUGAGCGCGGUUCCAGCGUGCCUGCCUACUGCUACUAUGCCACGAUGAGAAGGAACACAACCUAGUCUCGUCAAACUUUAUUUCUUUUCUUUUCCGUUUGAGAGUUUUGUGUUCUGAGUUAAGUUUUGUAACGUCGACCUCGUCUGCGCGUUUGAACUCCAACCAGCCACACAACUCCAGCUUCAGCCAACGCCCAAGCACGGGCUCCCCAAGACGUCACUUCAGCCACUACUGAACUUCCAGCCAAUCAGCGACACCGGGAUACCCCUUUCAACGGGAGUCCCUUUCACAGCAAACGAAGGCAACGUAUUCCCAGAUAUUUGUUGUGCUGGUGUAUCUAAUAUAAUUUUAACCCCAUUGAGGAACUCAGUGCGAGCGCUAAUUACGUGAUUGAUGGUUGUUCGUGUCUAUGCAAUUUAACGUAUUGCUGUAAACUUGGGAUUCCAUAUUUCCAUUCUCUUAAACUCAUCUUUCCCUAACUUUCGAUCUUCCUGCAACUUGUGUGAAUGUGUGUGUGCGUGCGUUUAUGUGUUAGAUUAGUUUAUAUGUCUUAGAUUUAUCUAAUAAAGCCUUAUUCAUAUUGAAAAGAGAAGUAUCUUGUGUUUUGUGCUUACAAGUUAAUGUCUUAAACUGCCGAUCUUGUUACUGUGCUAAUUAAUAGUGUUUCACUAUAGUUUGGAUAUUAGAAUCCAGCGCAGAUUUGAUGUUAAACGGCUAGUUCACUGAAUCGCAGGGCGUCUCCGUGAACAGCCGUGAAACAGUGAUUCUGUUCAAAUUCCCUUUAAAAUCUUAAAUGAUUCCCUUUGAGCUAAAUUGACCUGUUUCCCUUACACUUGUGACAAACCGGAAGGACUCCUUCAAACGUACAACUUAAUUUUUGAAACUUUAUCCAUGUUUAGCAUGGGAAUCCAACUCUUUAACAAUAUAAAAAACUCAGUACGCAUGAAAUAGCAUUUCACCCCCCCUUUAAAUGCCUCAGAUGUAAAGUUAUUCGCUGUCAAAGUGACGCCAAAAUGAAUGGGAGUGCUAUGCUAACAGCAGGUGGGGAUCCACUAGCCAAUGGCGGCGCCCAGGGGUUCUUCAAAAAAUAUGAAACCCUGCCCCCCUGGUUUAAAUAGACAGGAUAAUGAUGACUAAAGUGAAGACAGCUGAGUGCAAUUAACAGGUGUGCAAUUACUGUGAUGAAGGGACAAGGCUUUGUGGGAAAUGUAGUGCCUUCCUAUGGGGAAUUGAGGCCACUAGUGGACACCCAGGGAAACACAGACCAGACACAGUGACACAGGGGUCAUGGUUUUUAGUGCAUUACAGACAACAUACUAUGUUAACCUACUUAAAAUAUAUUUCAUGUGAAGUUUGUGCAAGAACAUAUGCCAACAAGUUUACACUUUUAAGGGGUUCUUAAUGUACUUUUGUAAACAUGUGUAGACCUACUGCAAUAUAUUGUUUUUAUAUUUUAAAUAUUUUAUGUAUUUAUAAUUGUAAUGUUUGAAAAAGCAUGUUAUUUUGAUAAACAUUUUUUACAUUUACAAUGUACAAACCUUUAACCAAUACUUAAAAUAUGUUGUUUACCAUGUUGUUUAGUUUUACUUUAAAGGUUAUGCGACUAUGGUUGAUUAUAGGCAGUCCAUUAAUGAUACAUUAAUUGUAAUUAGCUGCUGGUAUUACGUACUCUUUGCUACUACUGAAAUUCCCACAAGGAUUUCAACAUAACAAAAAAAAAAAACAUGUCUGAAAGAAAAAGUUCUUGUUUAAAUUCAAACCACACACUGACUAAACCUGAUUGGCUCAAGAGCCAUUGAGCGGUUCUGAUUGGUUCUGUCACGAUCAUCAGUUGGAGUGGCCAUGAACUCCAGCAGAGAGCACUCCUCUCAGGACUUUUGUAUUUGGUGUCUCUUUCCAUUCCCAACUUCAUUUCCCAGAAUGCUUAGGGCUAAUCACCACAAGGAAAAAAACCUUUUGGUGAUUUACAGUAAUUGUAUUUUAAGCUAAAUUUUCUACUGACAUACAGUAAGGGUGAUAUUGGCAAACUUUCACCUGUAGUAAGUCAGUCUUGUUACUACAAAUGUACUACAACCUUUGGAACAUGAAAAAAACGAUUUUGGUCAAUUACAGUAAUUGUUUUUGAAGAUUAUGUACUUUACAUACAGUAAGCGAUAUAUUGUCAAAAUUUCACCUGUAGUAAGUCAGUCUUGUAACUACAAACUUCCUUCAACCUUUGGAACAUACAUUUUUUCUUUGGUGAAUUAUAGACGAGUUUCCUAUGUGAAAUAGGCGAGCCGCCAUUAUCCUUUCACUCUGCCAACGUCUUCUGGUUGUGUUUGCCGAUAAUUUCCGGUUAGCGAGUUAGCGUCUUUUACUGUCUUUGGUUAGCGUGCAGAAAAAGUAAAUUAUGGAUGGUGUUACACGCCGACACGGCUCCGGGACAUAUUGUGCUGUUCGCGGUUGCAACAACUCGUGGCGAUUGCUGAAUGUUUGGUCGGAAGGAGAAUGUUUCGACCAUCAACCAUCUACAAGGCGCCAAUGUGGAUGUGCUCCCCCGUAUGCGUUGUAUGAGAAACCAAAAACAGAUGUUGAAUCUCGGAAGUGGCUAGCGGCUUUGAAGUUGAAGAAUCCGCCCAAAAGACUGUUUGUUUGUUCUUAUCACUUCAUUGAUAAAAAGCCCACAGAGGAAAACCCUUUCUUUGGAACUUUGGUUGGGAUACGAGCGACCUCCCCAGCAAAUGAGACGUAAACUCGACAGAAACACAAGUGACACGCAAUCGGAUGGUAAGUGUAUCUUGAUAUUUUUUUUAUAAGUUCGACUGUUGAUAUAUGUGUCUCUGUCCUGUGUUAGUUAGACUGGUAUAUACAUUUAUAGUUGAUGCUGUUUGUCUUUUAGCAGUGUGCAUCGAGCCGAAGUUUAAAGAUGCUGCAACACAAUGGGAGGACCUAACAAAAACUGACCACAGCUACAUGGCAAAGUUGGACCACGUGAACAAAUCGACGCAGACUGGGGGUCAGACUGUGGCUGAUGAUAUGCUCCUGGAUGAUGAUACCUCGCUGCUGUACACAGGACUGCGUCUGGUAUAUUUUUUUACUUUGGUGAAAUCGAUGUUGCCAUUUAGUAAACCAUCAUGUAGUAUUCCUGUUGUUGACCAAAUACUGAUGACCCUCAUGAAACUUAAACUGAACCUUGUGUUAGGGGAUGUGGCAAAGCGCUUUAAAGUGUCUAAAGGUGAAGUAAGUAAGGUGAUUGCUCACUGGAUUGAUACAUUGGGUGAGCAGCUUGAACCCAUGGUUGCCUGGCUGCCAAGAAGUGUUAUACGUGCUAACAUGCCACCAUCCUUUAGAAAGAACCACCCCCAGACCACUUGCAUCUUCGAUUGUGCUGAAACGGCUAUUCAGAGAGCAACAAACCUUAACUGUAGGAGUGCCACUUUCAGUCAUUACAAGGGAACCAAUACUGCCAAAUAUCUUGUUGCUGUGUCACCUCAUGGGCUGAUAAUGUUUAUAUCAGAGGCCUAUGCUGGUAAAAGCAGUGACAAGUUUAUCACUAUGAACAGUGGGUUUCUGGAGGCCCUAAGGCCUGGUGAUGAGGUAAUGGCUGACAGGGGUUUCACGAUUCGAGAUGUACUACAUGAAAGGAAGGUGAAAUUGAAUAUUCCUGCCUUUACCCACAAGCGUGGUCAAUUGACCAAUGAGGAGGUAACGCGCACUAGACGAGUGGCCAAUGUCCGUAUACAUGUGGAGAGGGCAAUCCGAAGACUUAAAGUCUUCAAAAUUCUGUCCCAAACUGUCCCAAUCUCCAUGACCCCGCGGUUGGACAAGAUUCUUACCAUAUGUGCUGCUUUAGCAAACAUGAGGUCCAGACUCAUCCGACUGCCACAUGAGGUUUAGGUCCCUAUGAAAAGUAAAACCUGGUUUACCUGCAGUUUUUUUUUUUUUUGUACAUAUUCCUUUUUUAUUUUAUAUAUAUAUACUUUCAGCUAGAAAAACCUGUGUAAAUGUAUUGUUCCCUUUCUGGUGUUGUGAUUAUUGAUAAGACAAAACAAAGUUUCAACUAAGAAAAACUUGUGAGUGCUAUUCUUUUUCACAUGAGGUUUAAGUCCCUAUGAAAAUCAAAACCUGGGUUACCUGCAGUUGUUUU